UUUUCACUUGUCAGAACAAGCAGAGGCACAACGUCAGCAAUAUAGAGAAGAGCAGGCAGAGAGACACACAGAAUCACAGAGAGUGCUAAGGUGAGAUGAGCGAGGGCAAGGGAGAAAUACAGUGGUUUUGAAGAGUUUGAAUUUGAAUUUCAGAGGGAAACAAGACAGGCUAGAGAGAGAGAGAGCAAGAGAGAGAGAGGAAGAGAGAGACACACACACACAGAGGGGUGUGUCAUAGCAAUUUAGUUCCUCAAGGAAGUACAACUCAACAUUAUCUUAAGACAGGGUGGCAGCAGUGACAGAAGCGCUGCAGGAGUGCUGUUUUUUUCAGGUUUUGGUUCAGCUCGUGGUGAAGAUGAAGGGAUCUCAUUAAAUCAGCCGGCCUGUGCUGUCAACCUGAGACACAGAGCAGAGGGAGAGAGAGAUAUCUGACACAGACCAGGAGGGAGGGGGACUCUACACACACAGGUAGCCAUGGAAGCCUUCAGUUCAAAGGACAUCGUCAUGAAGGCGCAGAAGAAGAUCCUCAGCUCCAUGGCCAGCAAAAGCUCUGUCCAAAUGUUCAUCGACGACACCACCAGCGAGAUCUUGGACGAACUGUACCGCGUCUCCAAAGAGUACUCUGGGAAUAAACAUGAGGCCCAGAAGGUGAUCAAAGACCUGGUCAAGAUCGCUGUGAAGAUCGGGGUUCUGUUCAGGAACAACCGUUUCUCCACAGAGGAGCUGGGGGUGGCGACAGAGUUUAAGAAGAAGCUGCACCAGGGGGCCAUGACGGCUAUUAGCUUCUACGAGGUGGACUUUACCUUUGAUAAAGGAGUGAUGGAGGAACUUCUGGCCGCCUGCAGGGAUCUGCUGCUGAAGCUAGUCAACACCCAUCUUACCCCUAAAUCCCACGGUCGCAUCAAGCACGUCUUCAACCAUUACUCUGACCCAGAGCUCCUGACCAAACUGUACGAGCCCAGCGGCCCCUUCAGACCCAACCUCACCAAGAUCUGCAAAGGACUCAACAAACUUGUGGAGGACGGGACAAUAUGACAUAGAAACAAUAAAAAAAUGUCGGACAGAAACUGGGAGAUCAACAGGCGGACUCACCUGAGACUCAGAACUGUUGGACAAAAUUGGUCUUACUGCUGUUGAGGACUGGCAGCGCUAAGAGAAGCGAUUUGAGAACAAUGCUGCCCCAUCGCUCUCAAAGAACAUGUGGGAUAAAAAUAAAGUUGGUUGACACUUCCAAGUGGUGUGUUUAGAGUUGAUAUAUAUCGUACAAUUGUGAUAUAUGCUUGUCUACUCCGACACGAGUUCACAGAAACCAAACUUGAAUAUGAACUGGUUUAUACUAUAUCAGCUGUUUCAUCAUAUUAUUACGUCAUAAUGUUAAAUAUUUGAGACCUUGAAAUGUUUCAGAACUACUGAUGUCAUGUAAUCUGGAGAGGAGGAGUUAAAACAGCUGGAAAGGUUGCAUAAAAAGAACAGGGAACAAUGCCACUGUAAUGCAGCACUGCCAUCUGGUGGUCAAUACGAUGCUUCAGCAACUCCAUGUACUCUAUUUAGUGAAGCGUCAAUGCAGCAGCUAAUAAUAAAGAAAAACACCCCACAGUGGACAAUUACUUACACCAAUACUUUGCAGUCUAAGCUUCAAAACAUGUUUAGAAGCAUUAACAGAAACACUGACUCUUAAAUGGUGUUGACUGCACUGCUUGAAUGUUAAUCCUAUAAUUCCUGUUUUUCUGAACACAGCCAUUGACUGCAUUAGGACGGUUGUUUUUUGGUUUAACAUCACAAAAGGCAUUGAAAAUUAACAUGCAGGGGGGUAAAUUAAAAAAAAAAAAAUCAAGCCCCAACUGGACACUCCAUCUUGUAUAAAAGUCAAAUAUUGUCAUUUAAACUGCUAAAA